AGCGAGGUUAUCAAAAUUAAGUCAAGUGGGUCAAAUCAUGACCUGUUGUAUCCAAAUACAUGGAUAUGGACUGAUUAUUCCUGAACUCUGACAAAUUAUUUCAAAAUUUACAAACGAAGAUGUUACGGAUAUUUGGCGUCGUAAAUCCAAAGUGUCCUGUCAGCUGUCAUUUUCAUCUGACAAAUUGUGCGAGAGCUUCAACUGAAAGUAAUAAAUCAUUUUCAAAAAAGCUGAAAGAUGGUCCACAAUUCGAGGACUUUUUAAAAGAUACUGUUGAAGAAUACGAUGGAAAGUUAAAAUUGGAAAAAGGCGAAUCAGGACGACUGAGAUUACCACCAUGGCUGAAAACAGAAAUACCUAUAGGCAAAAGUUACAGUAAGAUAAAAGCACAGUUAAGACAAUUACGGCUGAGCACAGUCUGCGAAGAAGCCAGAUGCCCAAAUAUUGGAGAAUGUUGGGGCGGGGGUACUCAUGGCACAGCAACUGCUACCAUCAUGUUAAUGGGAGACACGUGCACUCGUGGCUGUCGUUUUUGUUCUGUUAAAACUGCACGUACACCACCACCAUUAGAUGCAGAGGAACCGAUUAAUACUGCUACCGCAAUAGCAGAUUGGGGUUUGGAUUAUAUUGUUCUAACAUCUGUAGAUCGUGAUGAUUUAAAGGAUGGUGGAGCCAGUCACAUCGCAUCCACUGUCAAGGAGAUAAAGAAGAGGAGUAAUAUCCUAGUAGAGUGCCUGGUACCAGAUUUCAGAGGGGAUGAAAAUUGCGUCGCUACAAUUGUAAAUUCCAAUCUAGAUGUGUUCGCGCAUAAUAUCGAAACUGUAGAGCGUCUCACACCCUUUGUUCGAGAUAGACGCGCUCAAUACAGGCAGUCACUGGCCGUAUUAAAAGCGGCUAAAAAGUUCAAUCCCGACUUAAUCACAAAAUCAUCGAUAAUGUUGGGUCUCAGUGAGACCGAUGAAGAAGUCGAACAAACAAUGCAGGAUCUAAGAGAUGCUGGUGUGGAUGCUCUAACAUUGGGACAAUACAUGCAGCCCACUAAAAGACACUUAAAAGUCAUCGAAUAUGUAACGCCCGAGAAAUUUAAAAUAUGGGAAAAUAGAGGGAAUCAACUAGGUUUCUUGUAUACUGCUAGCGGUCCCUUAGUACGGUCAUCGUAUAAAGCUGGAGAAUACUUCUUGACAAAUAUAUUGAAACAACGUAAAAAGCAACAAAUUGAUGACCAUACUGCGUAAUGAAAAAAAUAAAAAAUAUCCAAUGGCUACUUGAGGAUCUUGCGGUCCUUCGUCGGCAGGCGGAUCUUGUGGAGGUCUAUCAUCCUGUGCAACCUGCUCUGCAGGUCUUCCGCGUUUGUCAUCUCCUUCGAUCUGAGAUAAAUAGGUGGCUGUUGUGGCCUCGUCAAGAAUCGUGAAAUUAUAAUCUUUUCCUACUAUCCCA